AUGUCCCAAGGUUCUCUAUUCGUUCAGCAGCUUGGCAGAGGUAUCUUGCCUCCUGCUUUGGCCAAAUACUUGGAAUUGGACAUCAAUGUCGUUGAUGUCAGCCAAGACAUGGAAGCUUUCAAGAAAGAGUUCCCAUUGGGUUUGGUUCCAGCCUUCAAGGGUCCAGAAGGGUUCCAGUUGACUGAGAUCAUCGCUGUCCUAUACUACUUCGUUGAAUUGAAGGGUGAUGAACAAAUCACACAAACCUUGUGUGGUGCCACCACCGAGGAAAGAGCCCAGGUCUUGAGAAUGCUUUCUUUCAUGAACGGCGACAUGGCCACUCCAUUCCAAACCUACGCUCUAAUGCAAUUGGGCAAAUUUCCAUACAACAAGAAGAUCUGUGACGAAAAGAAGGCCGCUUUGGAAACAUGCUUCGGUAUCAUCAACAAUAGACUGCAAGAAUACACCUACUUGGCCACCGAGGACAUUUCGCUUGCCGAUUUGUUCUUUGGUGUCUACUACGCCUUCGCCUCCACCCUCGUUUUCGGUGCUGAGUUCAGAUCCCAAUACCCUGCUAUCAACAGAUGGUACCAGACCGUCGAAGCUCACCCUGUUCUAAACGGUUUGUUCGACCAGUCCAAGUUCUUGCAGAAAUCUGUGGUCUACCAGCCACCAAAGAAGGAGUCCAAGAAGGCCGACAAGCCAAAGGCCGAGAAGCCAAAGGCUGCCGAAAAGCCAAAGGCCGAGGAGGAACAGCCUGCUGAGCCAAAGAAGCCAAAGCACCCUCUAGAGGUUCUAGGCAGAUCCACUUUCUCUCUAGACGAGUGGAAGCGUAAGUACUCUAACGAGGACACUAGACCUGUCGCUUUGCCAUGGUUCUGGGAACACUACAACGCAGAGGAGUACUCUCUGUGGAAGGUGGACUUCAAGUACAACGACGAGCUAACCUUGACCUUCAUGUCCAACAACUUGGUUGGUGGUUUCUUCAACAGACUCAGCGCCUCUGUAAAGUACAUGUUCGGCUGUCUCGUUGUCUACGGUGAGAACAACAACAACGGUAUCACCGGUGCCGUUAUGGUCAGAGGCCAGGACGCUAUCCCAGCCUUCGACGUUGCUCCAGACUGGGAGUCUUACUCUUUCACCAAGCUAGACGCCUCUAACGAGCAAGACAAGGAAUUCAUCAACAACAUGUGGGCUUGGGACAAGCCUGUUGUCGUUGACGGUCAAGAAAAGGAGAUUGUCGACGGUAAGGUGUUGAAAUAA